AUGCCCUCGAUUCUCAGCGACGACGACAAGGACACGGUCAAGCGCUUCGUGCCCAAGCAGUCCAACAAGAUCCAGGCCGUCGCCGUCGCCAAGCUCUACGUCGCCUAUCCCAAUCGCUCGAAAUGGACCUACUCAGGACUGCAGGGCGCCGUUGUUCUGGCCAACGACUUGGUGGGCAACACCUACUGGCUCAAGAUGGUUGAUAUUUCGCCCUCCAACCGCGGGGUCAUCUGGGACCAAGAGAUCUUCGAUACGUGGAGCUACAACCAGGACCGAACCUUCUUCCAUACGUUCGAGCUGGAAGAGUGCCUCGCCGGGCUCAGCUUCGUCGACGAGAAGGAGGCCAAGCAGUUCAAGAAGAAAAUGGACGAGCGAGAGAAGAACGCCAGCCGAGCCACGAGAGCGACACCAUUCGGCGGAUCUGCCCACGCAUCGGGAGGCCAGAAACACAGCCUGCUGGGCAACAUCUUCCACCGGCACUCGAGCGUCUCCAUGAUGCCUGACACCACCACCUCCAACUUGUCGGGGUUUUCUCACAACUCCGGCUCCUCGGUCAGCUUCGACGAUGGUAGGGGCGGCUCUGAGUUUGCCCUCCUGGAUGCUUUUGAUCCUAUGUGGCGAGAGCAUUUCGGCCAGGACCUCAGCGACAAGGGAUUGACGGACGACUUUAUCAAAGACAACCAAGAGUUCAUUGUCGACUUCCUCAGAGAAGAACAGGCCAAGCUGCAGAGUGAAGCAGCGCCACCUCCUGCGCCGCCCGCUCCCCCUGCGCUGCCGUCGCCUUCGACCAACGGCCACGCGGUGCGGGCGCCGCCUCCUCCUCCGCCCGCGGCCGCUGCUGCCAUCAACAGCUCGCCGUCUGCAAGGAGAGCCGGACCUCCUCCCCCUCCAGCUCCGCGGCGGUCGGGUGCCAAGGUUGAGGGUGACCCUAGCCCGCCAAGAGCACCGUCCCCCCCUCGGCCGAGAUUCAACGCCCCUCCUCCUUUGCCCGACGCAGGCAAGUUCGCGCAUCAGGUCAACGAGAGGAAGAAGCCCGCGCCCGCUGCCGCUGCUCCGUCCGUUCCGGGACCUCCUCCUCCCCCGCGGCCCGCCAAAACGCCCAUCGAGUCUGAAGACCAGCACCACAAGUUCGGUGUUCCGCCUCCCUUCACUGGCCAGCGCGUCCCUGCGCCUCCGAGUCGCGGGCCUGUGCCUCCUCCCCCGCCACCCCGAGGUAACGAUGCCGCCGCACCGGCUCCCGUGGCCCUCCCUCCUCCGCUGCCUCCCAAGGUGCCGAGCUCAAGCGCUCCUCCAUUGCCGCCACCGAGUGCUCGGCCGGUCCCUCCUCCGCCAGCGGUCAGCCACGUACCGCCGCCGCCUCCCCCUCCAGUGCCGGUAGCCAGCAGCGCUCCGCCCCCGCCUCCUCCGCUGCCUGCAGUCAGCGCUCCUCCUUCGGUGCCGCCGCCGCCGCCGUUGCCCUCACCAGGUAUUGGAGGUGCUGCUCCUCCCCCUCCUCCCCCUCCGCCUCCUCCCAUGCCCAGCGCUGCUCAUCCGCCGCCGCCUCCGCCUGGUCCCCCGCCAGUUCCCGGGGCUGGCACUCCACUGCCUCAGGUAGAUGGUGGACGUAUGUCUCUUCUGGGAGACAUUCAGAAGGCGGGAGGCAUUGGGGCGCUUAAGAAGGUGGACAGAUCCAAGAUCAACGAUCGCAGUGCGGCAGCUGUUGGAGGAUCUUCUGGUUCUAGCGCACCUGCUCCCAGUCUUCCAGCCGGCGGUGGUAUGGCAAAUGCCCUUGCAGCAGCCUUGCAGAAGAGAAAGGAUAAAGUCAGCAAGAGCGAUGACGAAGAGGAAGAUGAUGAUUGGUGA